UUGAGAAAGAAGAAUCGACACACAGGUUCCGGAGUCGUGUCAUUGUAGAUGAAGGAUUGACUUUGGAAUGGAACAUAAACUUGUCAAAGAGAAAGUUUUUAGAGGUCUUGCAUUUCUUAAGAAACAAAAAACCUUGUAUCGACUAGACAACAUAUAUCGGACCCAUAUAGAAUGUCAUUUGCACUAUGCCAAUGAUUUUUCGAGAAGUAUUCCUAGUUCCAAAACAGAUCCAACAAAUCUGUAGGUCAUAACCCGAACCAUCAUCAGAGAGGCACUAACUCAAAAAACUGUAAUCAUUAAGUGGUUUCCCGAAUGCCUAGAGGUCGGUCUAUGUAGAGAUUCUGUAUCUUGUGGGAACAAAAUUUUGGUGUCAAACGAGACGGGGCAGAAAUAUGGGGAUAUGUUUUCGGUAGAAGCCAAAGCGCGAGAAAGGGUGCGAGUGUGCGAGCCUGUCAUAACACGGGAACAAAAUUUCUCGUUUAUACCGACAACAAAAACCAAAUACGUUUCUUUCACUUCCACAUCCACUACAAUGGUCCAUCGCGUUCUCCAUCUAUCUUUGCAAGUGAAAGAAAAGAACGACGGCCGCCGCAACAAGCCCCGACCGAGAACUGUCAAAUGACGUCAAAACCUUUGUUUCAGCGCAGAAGACCAGAAAAGAAGUUGGAUAUCAAAAUGUAUAUCCCAAUUUUAAAAGUUUCGAAACUUUACUUCCAUGGCAUGUACAGACAUACGAAAGAUGUUUUCGGGUACCAUGAGCCCCCAACCUGUGGCUCAUAAAUUAUCCUUGAAAUCUUCGGAUGCCAAAAUUUGCAUCAGUGCCUCUUAAACGUAACACGAAUAAGAAAAUCUAAGUAUUAAGCGCAGCUCUUUUUGUUUGAUAUUCUCUAAAGCUCUGUACAUUUUACAGAGCACGCUACAAGCAAAAUUCUGGAAUGAAGAUAUGAUACCAAAGAAAGAUAUGACACCACUCGAUUUGUUCUGCUUACGGACAUGUCUACAAAUUACCUGCAGUUUGCAGAUCUGCGUAUUGUUUACGAAUCUUUACAAAAUCCUCUUAAUUCUGAUAAUUGUAAAGUUCCUAUGCAAAAUGCUAUCUAUUAUAUAAUAUAUAAGCAAAUAGAACCAUGAUAGUUCUCAGUUAUCUUACUCUACUUCUAGGUUUUUUUGCAACAAACAGUGCAAAGAUUGUGCGUGGAGGAUUACCACAUGCAAAGAAGACGAACACAUGGGUUGCUAACGGGCGUCAAGAGAUUCCAUCAGGACCUGGAAGUGCUGAUCCUGGCAGCACUGCAAGCGUGACUGUUCAGGAUGCAGCAUCGUAUGACAAGGGGAAAUCAGAGUCUGAGAAAAAUAGUGACGAGAAGAACCUGGAUAUUAACGUCUUCCUGCCCAAAAAGAAACGAUUUGAUGAAGGGUUCUCAAUGCCUUUACAGCAUGGAAAUGGAUUCCCUGUUCCUGUUGAUGGAGGGAGCGUUGCCAUGCCCAUGAUCAACGAACUUUCACGUGCAUUAGAACGACAACAAAUGUCACAGGAAAUGUCUCACAUGUCACACGCGAUUUCCCAGACAAUGGUUGAUGCCCUGUUACUCGCUGGAAAGCACGACGACCACGGACAUCAUAUUGAAGAGAUAUUUCACCAUGAUGACGAUGAUUAUCAUCAUCAUCAUCAUCAUGACGACCAUGAUGACCAUCAUUACGACCAUGGGCUGACACUUCAUGACUUAGAAUAUGCUUUUGAUCAUUUCCCGCACCAUGAUGGAGUAAAAGAGGACGAAAUCGUCCGUGCCUUAAAAUCGGCUUUCCAUAGUGUGAUCAAAGAGGUACGAGAUAAGAAAAAAGGAGAUCAGACAAUCGUGCAAGCCAUCCCAGAAACACAAUCUGCUCCUGAAACAGAAACAGAAAUAGUAGAGGCUCCACCUGCACCCGAAGCUCCAACACCCCCUCCUGCACAACCAGCUGCAGAUAUUGUUGCUGCUGCUGCUGCACCACCGCCUCCACCACCUCCCACUGUUGUCUCUGCUCCACCGCCUCCUCCACCUCCUCCAAUUAUCUCUGCUCCACCUCCUCCACCGCCACCUCCCCCCAUUAUCUCUGCUCCUCCUCCUCCACCGCCACCUCCUCCUAUUAUUUCUGCACCUCCACCGCCACCACCACCUCCUCCUAUUAUUUCUGCACCUCCACCGCCACCACCACCUCCUCCAAUAAUUUCUUCUCCGCCAGCUCCCCCUCCGCCUCCACCCGUCAUCUCGGCUCCUCCACCAGCAGCAGUACCCCCUCCAGUCAUAGCUGCCCCAGCUGUAACUCAACCAGCAGCAUUACCAUCUGUAGCAGCACAACCAGCAGGAAACGUCGUUGCAAACUCUCCUGCUGCUUUGCCUGGUGCACUUGCAGGAGGCCCACAAGCAGGAGCUCUACAGCCAGGAGCCCUACAACCAGGAGCCCUACAACCAGGAGCCCUACAACCAGGAGCCCUACAACCAGGAGCCCUACAACCAGGAGCCCUACAAGCAGGAGCCCCGCAAUCAGGAGGCCAACAGGCGGGAGUCCAACAGGCUGGAGUUCCGCAAGCAGGAGUACCACAAGCAGGAGGCCAACAAGCAGGAGACCAAGAUCCGCAUCACACAGCAGGUGUGAGUGACAGCCAUACCACUGGCGGUGGGCCACAGACUUCACAAGCAGCUGGGCAGACUACGCAACCAAAUGCUGCUCAGACAGCACCUCCGGUGCAACAGCCUGGCACAACUUCAAGUACUGAGCCUAGUCAAGCAGCUAAUCAAGCAGCAGGUCCACUGCAACAAACGCCCUCGGUUUCACAAGGACAGCCAGGUGCCAUAAAGGAUUUUAAAGAAGGCAGCAAAGGAUAUAAAAUUCUUGGUGAUAUCCUUGCGCAAGCCAUGUUGAAGGCGGAAAAGAAACUAGAGAGAGGAAUGCAAGGAGCAGUAAUGGAAAGCGAAAGAAAUAAAAAGAUUGUUCAAGAGCACACGGCAAAUGAUAAUAGCAAUAAGGAAAUUGAAGAUGAUGACACGACACUUAGAAGUAGUGAGGAAGGAGAUAAUAUUGAUAGAAAUGGAGGCACAUACGAAGAAGAACAUAAUGGAGAUACAGCUGAGGAGGGAUCUGCACAGUGGCAUGACGAAGCUAUCGAACCGAAUAAUCGGAUUGGUAAGGACUUGAGUUAUUCGUAUGAAAGGCAUCAUAACCCAAGUGACAUAAAAGUUGCUGAGCCAAGACCUAAGUUAAAAGGGAAAUCAAGUAAAAUUUUGAGAAAUGGUCUGAAAAAAACGACAGCAAAAAAGGCAUCAAGCAGUUCCUUAAAAGAUGAAAAGCGGAAAAAGAAAGCAUAUCGUGCUUCGUCAUUGAUCAGAAGCAAAACGAAGCAAAAAACAAUCAGCAAACCUAAUAAUGGAGAUAGAUACAACGAAGACGAGGAGACACAGUUUUUGUGAAAGGAGUGGUGGAGGACCAGAUUUUAAUUCCUAAAGUGCCAAUUGCUACAUUUUUUGCAAAAUUUCAAAAAGUUUUAUACAGUCACAAGUAAGAACAAAAUAUGGGACAGAGGUAUUAAGAUCUAAUUUUUGCUUUAAAAUUUUUAAGCAAAUGUAAAUGUAAUUUAAUUGUAAAUUUAAUAUUCAUCAAUUUUUUGAUAUGCAUGAAAGAUUAAGCUUAAGAGCUGGGAAAUGCAGUUAAAAGCUAAAAAACGAAAUGAACAUGCAUCAAAUCAUACAUAAACAAA